AGCAGAUCAGAGGCUCACCUGGCCCCGAGAAGGUUGGGACAGCGUGAGCGUGGAUGAGGAAUCAUCUAUAGAAAUGUCAGGUAUGUAUACCAUGCAUUCUGUUUGGUGGUCAGUAUAUAUAUUGACCACACACACACAAAUAAGUUGCCAUCCUUCUCCUUUACGGACUCGUAAAUGUACCGUAGGCGGCUAGGAGAGGGGUGGCGACAAUGGUGGUUAGUGCUGGGAUUGAACAGAUAUAGAAUCAAGGCAUAACCUAAAAGGAAUGCAAGGUAUACUAUCCUAACAUUAAACGUAUUAUUCUAAGAAAAAUAACAUGUGUGUGUCAAUAGUAACAAAAAUUGCAAGAUUUGUACUUUAAGUACACGUGCGGAAUCAUAUAAUUACAGGGUCUGGUUCAACAUCAAUUUUGGCUCAUUUAGUUAUGAAAGUUACUUCAAGAGCUCAAUAAGUGAAGACUUUUAAGAAUAAAGUAAUUUCAUUGACUGUGUAAUACGGCAGGAUAUGAGAAAAUACAUCAUGGCGUACUCUCUCGGCUAAAGGAUGGUUUACUUACUUAUAAGAUACAUUUUAUUCCCCGUAUAAGAAAAAAGGCUCAAUUGUUAUAAAUAAUGUUUAAAAAAUAAAAGUAUGAAGAUUUCAGUAUUCGUCCGAAUUUAUGAAAUUAAAAAUUCAUUAUUCAAAAAUAAAAGGUCAUGUUAUUGAACAAAGUUGCUUCAGUUGCUUCCGGGAUACGUCACGAAUACGUCUCUGAUUGGCCAAAAGCGAAACAUGGCGGCCAUCGCGCCAUCGCGGCGGCCAUAGCACGAAGUAGUGUUGCUACAGUUACAGUAAGAAGAUUACCCGAAAUGUCGGGAGAAAAUUACGACUCGAAAGGAUUAACCGGAUAACUUCAGUGAAGAGAAGAAAUUAUUUUACAAACGGAUUCGACUUGGAAGGCAGUAAUGAGAAUUUUCUUAUAAGAUGAAUGUGUAAUUAAGUCAAACGGUCAUACUGAACUGUGUAUAGAUAUAAGUCGGUAAGAAUUUUGUCUUUGUGUUCGUAAUUAUAUUGGAUUGAUUAGUAUAUAAGCUAGAAGAUCUUUUCAGGGAUAAGAAGAGAAGCACUAGCCUAUGGUAUACUGCAGGUAUAUCUUAUAAGUCUUAUAAGACAAGCGUAAAAUAAGAAGGGGCAGAGGAAUUUUCCGCUUUGAAUUUUACUUGAUACAUGUGUGUUAAACUUAAUUAGAAUUAAGAUUUUAGUAUUAAGUAUUUGUAUAAAAGUAAUAACGAUGCAUCUAAAAGGACCGAAGAAGAAACAAGUUACGGUUAGUUUAUUCGUUAAAUAUGUCAGAAAUCAGGGAGUUCUGACUAAGGCUGGCAACACUAAUUCCCGUAGAGAAUACGCUUUACUUUGAAACUUUGUUUACGGAGAAGCUGCAACAGCGCUGGUUCCCAAGAAGUUUGCAUCCAGUUUAUAGGAAGACAAAAACACGAACCGGCCUCCGUGAACCAUCACGGACUCGACACAUACCACCGGAUUAGACGAGAAAAGAGAAAAGAAAUUCCUCGGACAAGAUGGACGAGAUUCUCUUAAUCAGACUUCGAAUCACCAGUGAAAAAAUUGGUGCUGAAUUGGAAACAAUACCCAGUACGGUUCGGUCAGAAAACAUAGGACAGGCUCAGGUCGUCUAUAACAGACUGCAAGCUGCAGUGAAUAGGCUCAACGCUAAUUUAUCAGAAUACUUUCGUUUAGCUACAACUCCUGCAUCAGAUGAAAUUUUCUUGAUUAGUGGCCAGCAGCUUUUAGCAGAAGAGACUUUAGCAGAACUCAAGGCGAAGAUCGACCAAGUCACCGUAUCCCGUGAGACCCAGGAAAAGCCGCCUGAAGUGAAUUCCUCUUGUCGACUACCGAAACUCCAACUACAGGUUUAUAACGGGGAUGUGCUUUCCUGGUGCGAAUUUUGGGAUAGUUUUAGCAGCAAUAUCGACUCAAGAAACUUACCUGAUGUAGACAAGCUGUCUUAUCUUAAAACUUCAGUGACGGGUGAUGCUAAGAAAGCUAUUGAUGGCCUGCCUACCACUAACGGAAACUAUAAGAUAGCGGUCACUCUACUAAAGGAACGUUUUGGCAAGAAAGCUCAUCUGAUUGAUGCCCACUAUGCUACAUUAUACAAAAUCGAAGCGGCAAAAAGCAGCGCAGAAGAUUGUAGAAGAACUUUCAACGAGGUGGAGCGCAAUCUUAAAAUCCUAGAGUCUCUUGGCGAAAACACCAACCACAACCAUCUUCGUUUCAUGAUUUUGGAGAAAUUUCCUUCGGAUUUAAUAUACGAAAUAAAGUUGAAAAUUCAGAAUGAGUCCACACAAGAACUCCGGGAACAAUUGAAUAAAAUUAUCACUGCAAAGGAAGAUGCAGAGAGAAUUGCUGGAAGGAAACGAUCACAUGAGGUAGAUGACAGCACUGUCGGUACCCUGCAUGUGAACGCAAAGCGUGCGAAGAGAAUGCAUCAUUUCCAACAGGGAAAUAAUACCUCAAAUACUCAACAUUAUCAAGGAAGUACUAAUAGAAAAGGACUAAAUAGAAAAGGAAAAUUUCAAAGGGCCAAUGAACCCAAAAAAGGAAGCAAACCGAGCGUAUCUAAUGUUGCAACAUCUGCUAACAGAUCUGCAACUGUUAACCCAAAGGAAAAAGGGAAAAUCUUAGGUUGUAUAUUCUGCAACGGCAAACACCGCAAUUAUACGUGCCAGGACGCUUCUACUUUAGAGGAAAGAAAGAAGCGGUUGACCGGAAGAUGCUUUAUAUGCUUUAGGAAGAAUCAUCUUGUAAAGGACUGUAAGGAAAACUGGACUUGUAGACUUUGCCCAGGAAAGGAAAGGCACAACAUGGCCUUAUGCCCUUCAAAUUUUCCAAAGGAUCCCAAAACAAAGAAACAGUCUUGACUAUUUCAGAAAGAGGAAUCACCACUCUACAGACAGCUGUUGUUUAUGCUAACCCCUUAGGUGAUAAGAAUAAUGUAUUGUGUAAAUACCGUUUAAUUUUAGACCCAGGGUCUCAACGUUCUUAUGUCACAUUUCAAGCGGCCAAGGAGUUGAAGCUUCCAGUCGAAGAAGAAAGUCUCUUGACAAUUUUCACCUUCGGUGAAGAUCCUCCGAAGGAAAUACAUAGUCCUAUAGUGAUUCUACAGUUAGUAACUAGAACAAAUAAGAAGAUAGUUAUACAAGCUAACUGUGUCCAACGCAUUUCAAGAGGAUUCAUCCCAAAUGUCAAGUUACGGGGCGUAUCCGAGUCUUAUGUACUGGCGGAUGAUGGUUCUGUAAGCGGACAGGUGCAGAUUCUAAUCGGAAACGACUACUACUUUAACAUUAUUUAUGAAACUAAGAUACAACUAGAUAGUAACUUGUUUCUAGUGGAUUCUGCCCUUGGAUGGAUAGUCAGUGGCAAGACGGAACCACAGCUUGAAGAGGAAUCAUAUGUAGUGACUUAUGCUCAAACUUGUAUUGAAACGAAGCUUCAUCAACCAGAUUCACCUCUUUGUGAUGGAGACAUUAAAAACCUUUGGGAAUUGGAAUGUAUAGGAAUUUGUGAUUCACCUAAAGCAACAAGAGAAGAAGAAGCUAUUAAAAAUUUUAAUGAAACUACAGUAAAAAUUAACAAUAGAUACACGGUAAGCUGGCCAUGGAUAACUUAUCCGCCUGACUUACCUAAUAACUUUGGAAUCGCCUUUGGGCGUCUGUCAAGUUUAUUGAAGCGUAUGGAUCAAGAAACCUUAAUGUCAUACGACGAUACGUUUAAACAACAAUUAGCUAAGGGUAUAAUAGAAGUCGUACCCACAUCAGGAACGUCAACUGGUAACGCUAUUCACUACCUACCCUUCCAUGGAGUACGUCAUCGAGGAAAACCUAUGCGAAUCGUGUAUGAUGCUAGUUCCAAGAGUAACAAGAACACCAAGAGUCUGAACGAGUGCUUAUACAGAGGACCACUCAUGCUUGAAGACCUUACAGGGUUACUCAUCAAAUUCAGGACACAUCACAUAGGAUUGACGUCCGACAUAGAAAAGGCGUUUUUACAGAUGACAUUACACGAGAAGGAUCGUGACGUUACCAGAUUCUUAUGGCUUAAAGAUACCUCUAAACCAGUAUCUCAGGAUAACCUACUUUACCUAAGAUUCUGCAGAGUUCCAUUCGGCGUGAUAUCUUCACCGUUUCUACUGAAUGCGACUAUUAAAGAACAUUU